AUGACAAUCUUAUCCGAGUCACUUUUAUUCGCAUUUGCACUUCUUGAUACAGGAGCUGUGCUAUUUCUGCUGGUUAGUGUAAUUGCAUUAUCGGAUCUUGAGUGUGAUUAUUUAAAUGCACAGCAAUGUUGUGCAAGACUAAAUAAGUGGAUAAUACCAAAGAUAGCGGCACAUAGUUUUUUGGAUUUUUUAAUGUUAAUACAUGGUCAAUGGUUGCUUGCACUAGUUAAUCUUCCAAUGACUAUGUGGCUGUGUUAUGAAUAUUUUACAAUACCACGAGGUAACCUUGGUGUCUUUGAUCCUACUGAAAUACACAACAGAGGUCAACUAAAGAAACAUAAUCGAGAUUGUAUGAUUUACCUUGGAUACAAUCUUAUAUUCUUUUUCAUCUAUCUUUAC